AUGGCUAAACAUCAUAUUCAACGGCUCAACUCGCCUUCCAGAACACUAUCCUUGGUGCUUCACACUGCCGGCCUCUGCUCGUUCUUCGCUUCGUUCCAGUUUCUGAACACGCUCACUCAUGAUAUUUCUAUGGGCUUCGGAGGGAAUUACCAGCAUCUCACCAACAUCGGAUUGAUUCUUUCCGCCGUCACUUUUGCGACUGGUCUCUUGGCCGACAUCACUCUCAGCACUAAAUUGUUUGCCGUCAAGAACGCGCUUUCGACCACGGCCGCACCUCUCGAGGUUCUCAUCAGCAUCUUGUACUGGGGAAUCCGGGCCAUCGACGAGCGCCUUCUGAUCCCCGAGGGCUUCGAGCUUCACUGGCUGCCUGAUGUCGGCUUCCACCUGGUUCCGGCUGUCGUCCUGACACUCGAUCUGAUCUUCUUCAGCCCGCCAUGGACCAUCCGCGCUUACUCGGCCAUGGCCGUCAGCAUGGUUUUCGCUUUCUUGUACUGGGGCUGGGUUGAGCUGUGCUUCAGCAAAAACGGAAUGUACCCCUACCCCAUUUUCGCAAUCCUGAACACUGCGCAGAGAGUCGGCCUGUUUACUUUCUCGGCCAUGCUCAUGACGGCCAGCUCAAGUUUCCUGAAGCUCGUCUAUGGACGCUUCAACGGUUACGAGCAAAUGGAGAAGGAAGCUUUCAAGCCCCUGAAGAAGACGCUGUAG